AUGCCUCCUGAACGCCGACAGAGUGUCCCCGAGCCAGUGAAGGUCGACUCGUCUGAGGACCGGUUCCCCGACAUCCCGAACGUUGGGUCCCCAGGACGGAUGGCAACCGCCGACCACGCGUCAUUCUCGGACGAGGAAGAGGACGAGGUGAUACCCCCGACCCAUGACCACCGCACGCUCGUGCUGUGCUUCGACGGUACCGGCGACCAGUUCGACGACGAUAAUUCGAACGUGGUCAAUCUGUUCUCGAUGCUGAAGAAAGAUAACCCGAGGAAACAGUUAGUUUAUUAUCAGUCGGGAAUUGGGACGUACAACAUCCCCCAAAUCGCGAAGCCGAUGAUGGCGAAGUUAAAAAAGACCGUGGAUAGUAUGCUGGGCGUGCACCUUGACGCCCACGUUAUGAGUGGGUAUGAAUUUUUGAUGCAGAAUUAUGAGGCUGGAGAUAAGAUAUGUAUAUUUGGAUUUUCCAGAGGGGCGUACACCUGUCGCGCUCUAGCAGGCAUGAUCCACAAAGUCGGCCUCCUCCCAAAAUGCAACCAUCAACAAGUCCCCUUCGCGUACAAGAUGUACAAACGCGAAGACGAGAAGGGGUGGAAGAUGAGCUCCAUGUUCAAGAAGGCGUUCGCUAUCGACGUUGAUAUUGAGUUUGUCGGCGUUUGGGAUACUGUAGGGUCCGUCGGUGUUAUCCCGAGACGACUCCCGUUCACGGCGUCCAACACUCAUAUUAAGUAUUUCCGACAUGCUAUUGCGCUUGAUGAACAUCGUGCCAGGUUCCAACCAAACUUCUUCCAUCGCCCCCUUGACACCCACAAGAAACUCGGUGUGCAACCCGGCGAGAUGCCCAAGUCGCGGCCCAAAGACCACAGCAGGAGACCCUCUCUCAAGGAACUCGAACGCAAAUACACCGAAGUGUGUUUCGACACGAAUGUGGAAGAGGUGUGGUUUGCUGGCUGCCACUGUGAUGUCGGCGGCGGCGCGGUCCUCAAUGAGACGCGAAACGCGCUAGCGCGCAUCCCUCUUCGCUGGAUGAUCCGCCAGUGUUUCCUCGUUGACACAGGCAUCAUGUUCCACCGCGCCAGCUUCAAGAAGAUUGGGAUGGACCCAGACAGUCUCUAUCCCUACGUCAAACAACGCCCCCCGAUGAUCACACACCCAUCCGCCUCUCUUCCUCCCUCUCCAACAACAGUAAACUCGGGACACUACCCCGCUCCGCUAAUCGGGGGCGAAGAUUUCAUCAGCGAAGAGGACGAGGACCUUGCUGAUGCGAUGAGCCCGAUCAAUGAUAUGUUGAAGAACCUCAAGGCGUGGUGGCUGCUCGAGGUCGUCCCUUUGAAACGGCGCUGGCAGCAGGACGAUGAUUCGUGGGCUAGGAAGCUCUCGGUUAAUCUUGGACGCGGGCGAUACGCGCCGAAGCAACACGUCGAUCGCAAACAUGUAAUCAAACUGCACAGAACGGUCAAGCUACGCAUGGACGCCGCACAUAUCAACUACAAGCCCAAGGCAAAAUGGGCGAAUGUCGAGCUGUACUGGGUAGAUUAA